AGGGAGAGAGAGGGAGAGAGAGAGAGAGAGAGGAGCGAGAGGGGGAGAGAGGGGGAGAGAGAGAGCGAGAGAGAGAGAGAGAGAGAGAGAGAGAGAGAGAUGUGCGGAAUGGUCGGCACUUUUACUAUCGUCGUGCUUGGUUCCCCUGGAGUGGGUAAAACAGCCAUAAUCCGGCAAUUUCUUUACAACGAUUUCAGUCAAGUGUACACCCCCACAACCAGCAAGUACGUCCACAGACCCUCGGUGAUCCUGGAUGACACCAUGUACGACUUGAAGAUCGUGGAUGUGCCGCACAUCCCGGCUUUUCCGACAACCGGCGCUCAGGAGUGGUCCGACUCGAGGUGCAGAGGGAUUCGAAAUGCGAACGCGUACGUCCUCGUCUACGACAUCUGCUGCUUCGACAGCUUCGAGUAUGUGAAAACGAUUCGGCAGCAGAUCGCCGAAGUCAGGAUGGUUCCAUUAUCCAUCACAGCAGGUCAUUCAAAAGGGUUCCAACUACUUGCUCCAUCUACACUGCCUGGUCUAAUUCUGCUGAUGAGAGAGCACACCCAGAAGUUGCCGAAGGUUAUUCUGCAAUUCUUACCCAAUCAAAAUUGCACAUUGACAUCACUUUGCCCAAGUGAUUGGUAUUUUUAUGUUCAGAAGCAUUGAUAAAUGUCUUGCGGAUCCCAUUGAAAACAAGGUUAUUCAUUCCUAGCUAAUAACACAAUUUAAUAAUUUUUCUGAAGUUGUACUCAGAAUCUAUUUAACAUGACAUACUAGGUAUAAAUUGACAGCUUGAAUGACAGGACCAUGUAACCCAUGGAAUUUGAGCGGCUGUGGUGCAUUUUCCAUUAAUAAACUCUUAUCUGUUUUGGAAAAACAAUAUUGUCAACUUUACUGCAGGCAAACAACUUCCCCUCCUUCUACCGAGGAAACUGAUGGUCUAACUGGUACUCUGUCUGCACUUACUGUUGCUUUGGUAAAGCAGCUAACGUAAUCAAAGACCCCACACACACUGGCCAUGAUCUCCUCUCCCCUUCCCACUGGGCAGAAAAUACACGAGCCCGAAAGCACAUACCACCAAGCUCAAGAACAACUUAUGGGCUGCUGUCAUAAGACGAUUGUAUAAUCCCCUAGAGUGAUAAAAUGGUCCCACUGUUAUUAUGACCUUGCACCUUAUUGUCCACCUGAACUGCACUGUUACUGUGACACUUUAUUCUGCAUUCCGUUAUUGUUUUGUUUACACAAUGCACUGUUGUAAUGAAGUUACUUAUAUGAACAGAUUGCAAGACAGGUCCUUCUCCCUUGUAUGUGACAGUAAUAAACUUUUUAAAAAAAAUUCCAAAAAUAAUUGAGAUACCGCACUUCUGUCCUUCUGUCCUCCCAGCAAUCCCCCAAUUACAGUAAAAUGAAUAAUUAACCUACCAACUCGGUAGGAAAUUGGAGGAUUAUGAGAGGCAUAGAUAGGGUGGAUAGUCAGUACCUGUUUCCUAGGGCACCAAUAGCAAACACCAGAGGGCAUAGGUACAAAAUUAAGGGAGGGAAGUUUAGGGGAGACAUCAGGGGUAAGUUUUUUUACACAGAGGGUUGUGAGUGCCUGGAAUGUCUUGCCAGGGAUGGUGGUGGAGGCUAAAACAUUAGGGGUAUUUAAGAGCCUCUUGGACAGGCACAUGGAUGAAAGAAAAAUGGAGGGUUAUAGGGUAGCGUGGGUUUAGUACUUUUUUUAAGGAUUAUAUGGGUCGGCACAGCAUGGAGGGCUGAAGGGCCUGUACUGUGCUGUAGUGUUCUAUGGUUAAACCAACACCAAAGCCAAAGGGAGAAUGUGCAAACUCCUUACAGGCAACAGUGGGAAUUGAACCCUGGGUCACUGCAUUGUAAAGCGUUGUGCUAACCACUAUGCUACUAUGCAGCCAACUUAACUUCCAGGGCUGCAUGGGAUCUGGGAAAUGGGAAUCCCCCUAAUCAGGUCCCUUAAAUUCUUUUACCCAAAGUGGAACAUCUUCCAUACAAAUCCCAAUGAUUAUUUGAGUAGUAUCAAGGCCCAAGCCCAAAGGUUUCCAGAUCAAAUCCAUGACCAAGGGCUCUUCCGAGCAAUUAUGACUGAACAGAUGGUUCUAGUUACUUGAAAAGAAAGUCAAGGCGUUCUGAUUAACAUUUACCCCAACAAAUAUUUGUAAAAAUGGUUGUUUUGGGAAUGAUUAUUAAACUCAAUGUUAAAAUUGGCGGAAUGCAAGUCACUGCCCGUAAACAAAGACAGAACUUUCAGAGAAUAUGAAAGAUGCUGUGUCAUCACAUUCUUAAUCAGUGGAUUUUUUUGUGGGAAGGAUGCAGAGUUGUAUAUGGAUACAUUAGAACAUUAUGGCACAGUACAGGCUCUUCAGCCAACUUCAACGUUAUAGUCGACUCUAAAAUCAAUCACUCACUCCUGCAUUGGCCUCCAUUUUCCUAUCAUUCCUAUAGCUACAUAAGUUUCUUAAAUAUCCCUAAUGUAUCGGCCUCUACCAUCACCCUGGCUGGGUAUCCUGUGCACCCUUCUCUCAUAAUGUCGUAGAAAAGUAGAGCACAGAAGCAGGCCCUUCUACCCAUCCAGUUUGUGCCGAACCAUUUGAACUGCUUACUCCCAUCGACCUGCACCUGGAUCAUAGCCUUCCCUAUCCGUGUACCUAUCCCCAAAUUUCUCUUAAACCUUGAAAUCAACCCCACAUCCCCCCACUUGUGCUGGUAGACUCUCACGACCCUCUGUGUGAAGUUUCCCCUCAUAUUCCCCUUAAACUUUUCACCUUUAACCUGUGACCUAGGUUGUAGUCCCACCAAACUGAAGCAGGAAAAAGGCUGCUUGUAUUUACCCUAUCGAUACUACUCAUACAAUUGUGUGUGACCGCUAUCAAAUCUCCCCUCAAUGUUUUACAUUCCUUGGAAUAAAGUUCUAACCUGUUCAGUCUUUCCUUAUAACUCAGGUCCUCCGGUCCUGGCAACAUCUUUUCUCUGCACUCUUUCAAUCUUAUUUACACAUUUCCUGUAGGUAGGUGACCAAAACUGCACACAGUACUCCAACUCUGUCUAAACAUUGAUCUUUAAGGUUAAACCCAUCAGAUUUCAGCCUCUGUGUAUGCAGUGACCUGAUAAAAAUUACGCCAGCAUUAUUCAAGAAGCUAGAAUCACAUCUGUAAAACAAGGCUAUUUCUCAAAAGGAAUUAAGUCUCAGCUGGUGCUGGUUUGUAUAAUGCAAGAGCUUUUUAGGGCUCUGAUAACAAGAGGUCUUAGACCAGGGAUAGCCAACCUUCAAAUUUUUGGGCCAGGACCCUUCAUCAGGAUCUCAGCCCAAAAUCUUGACUGUUUACUCUUUCCCAUAGAUGCUCCAGCAUUUUGUGUGCGCGUUGCUUUGGAUUUUCAGCAUCUACAGAUUUUCUUGUGUUUGUUGUCCCCAACCUUUUUUAUGCCAUGGACCGCAGGUUGAGAACCCGUCAUUGCAUUUACUAAUUUCUGAUGAUU